GGCAUUAGGUAGCUGGCAGGUGUCCAAUCGCGCCUUUCGGCCCUCAUCGUCCUCAUCUCGCCCUUCGACCUCUCAUCUCGCCCUUCGACCUCUCAUCUCGCCCUUCGACCUCUCCUCCCGCCGUUCCUCUCCUCCGAACUACCUCCCCCAUAGUAGAUUGUGCUAGCCUACCUACCUUGGUAUGUGUAGGUAUGUACGUAAUCUAGGUAUAUACCUCUUCGCUGCCGUCGAAAAGGCGACAUCCUAGCAAGUCACUUGACCCCCCUCCCCCAACCCCCCCUUUUCUUCACUCUCCCCCCUUCAACGCGUCUUGAUUAUGUAAGCUCUUCCCAGUCUUUCCAAGAUUCCCACACGAGUCUGCGUGUUGAAUUCACUUGGCUUUACUUGGCUCCUCUGUUUGUUUGUUUGUAUGCACGUUCUUGACGCCAUCACUCUUGGUGGUCGUCGAUAAGCGACUCUGGCCCCAAAAAUUCCGCCGCUGACCUUCCGCGGAUCACUGCCCUCCCUCCCAGGGCCUUACGUGCCCAGACACCCUCUACCCUUAUCAUGGACGAGAAGAAAGUCCCUCUCCAGCAGUCAGCGACACAGACUGCAGUCAGCUCCGAUCGAGACAGCUAUAAUCAGGCCCAGACCGAGGCAUACUCCCAUAUCCCCGCCCGCACGCCGCAGGAGCCGGACCAGUCACCGGAACGGCCCACCGCCGACGCACCAUCGCAGUAUGUCGACGUGAAGAGUCUCUCCUUCAUCCUGGUCCUGGUCGCGUUGAGCCUUAGUCUUUUUUGCGUCGCGAUCGACAACAUUAUCAUCGCCACCGCCAUUCCCGCUAUCACGGACGAGUUUCACGCCAUCAACCACAUCGGAUGGUAUGGCUCGGGCUAUCUUCUUCCCACCUGCGCGUUCCAACUGCUGUCCGGGAAGCUGUACUCGCGGUACGCGGCGAAAUGGAUUUUCCUGGGCGCCCUAUUCCUCUUCGAGGUCGGCUCGCUGAUCUCUGCCGUCGCGCCCUCGUCUGCCGUCUUCAUCGUGGGUAGGGCCAUCGCCGGCGUCGGCGCCGCCGCGCUGUUCACGGGAUCUCUGGUUAUCGUCGCUACCAUCGUGCCUCCCGAGAAGGCGCCCGCGUUCCAGUCCGUAAACGCGGCGACGUUCGGCGUCGCCUCAGCGGUCGCCCCCCUCAUCGGAGGUGCCUUUACCGACAAUGUGACUUGGCGCUGGUGCUUCUACAUCAACCUGCCCAUCGGCGGGGUGUCAGCGCCGCUCGUCCUCUUCCUCCUAAAGACUCGGACGCCGGCGCACACUGCGGCGUCGCUCGGACAGGUCUUAUGGAAUCUGGACCUCCUGGGCCUCGUGUUUUUCCUCCCCAGCAUCAUAUGCUUUCUCCUCGCCAUGGAGUGGGCGGGGAUACAAUACGACUGGUCCGAUUGGCGCAUCAUCGUCGUCAUGGUCUUCUUUGGUGUUCUGCUCGUGGCGUUCGUCGCAGAUCAGUUUUUCAUGGGUGAAGAUGCCACCGUCCCGGUUCGACUAGCCAAGCAGCGCACGAUUGCGGCCGUCAGCUGGUACAACAUGUUCUCUUUCGGUGCUUUCAACACUGCCUUCUACUUCAUCCCUCUGUACUUCCAAGGCAUCAAGAACACGAGCGCCGAGGACUCGGGCAUCCGUAUGAUUCCGCUCGUCGUAGUGCAGGUCGUCGUCAUCGUCAUCACAGGUAUCCUCUCUGCCAAAUCGGGUCAUUACGUACCCUUCUUCGUCGCCAGCUGCACAGUCGCUGCUGUUGGCCUCGGCCUACUUACGACAUGGGGCGUGGAUUCGUCAGCGGGAGAAUGGGUGGGAUAUCAAGUGCUUAUCGGCUUUGGGCUCGGGAUGGGCAUGCAGCUAUUUGCGACGGCAGUUUCCGCGACUCUGCCUGAUACCGAUGUCCCUACGGGCAUGGCCCUGACAACCAUGGCGCAGUUCUUCGGCGCCUCGAUCUUCCUCGGUGUCGGCAACAACGUCUUCGCUACUAAAUUCAUCGGAUACGUUGACGCCCUCCGGAUCCCAGGCCUCGACGGCCACACGCUCGUCUCAGCGGGGGCUACGACGCUGCGAGACGCGGUGCCGGCGGAGUACCUGCCGCAGGUGCUCGACGCUUACAUGGAUGCCUUGACCUGGACAUUCCGCAUCUCGCUCAUCCUGGAAUGCCUCGCCAUAUUCGGCGCGGUGGGGAUGGAGUGGAAGAGAGUGCGAGGCCACGGCGGCGAGAAGGCACCGUCAGCGAAUCCUUCAUCGGCCAACUCGGGGUCCUAGUGUCGGGGUGAAGGACGGUGAUCGUCGUGGAACGGUUUAUGCGGCGGGGCAAGGAUGAAGAUUGUGGCUGUAUUUGCAGUUCUCCCUUCCAGGAUGUGUAACUUGACGAAUCUUGACAGGAUCUCCUUAUCCACGGGGGGGGCGGUGGUGAAACCGGCUGGAACACACGCACGCACACACAUAGGUAUACCUAUAUAUAGGUAUAUAUCUAGGUAUAGUACAGCGUAAAGCACAGCGUAUCCGCAUUGUUCGAUUUGCGUGCGGGGCGUGCCUGAUUCUCUCUAGGGACGGUUUGCCGCCCCUCGGCCCCGAUAGUUCUGCGUAGCUAUGCCCACAUGAAGGGGCCUAAGGCUGGGUGGCCUAAGUCGUGGCCCGCGGGAGACGGCAACGCGCAGGGAAGGAUGCGAUCGACAGCGAUCGGCACAGGAUUCGAGAAAUGAUGCCGUCUAUCGCAAGGAGACGGCACCCUCAGAAGCUAACGCGUGUAAGCUACAUAGGGAAACUUAUGCUUAUCUGUGCUACAUCGGCCGUUUCUGGUGGUUACUUGAACUAGGGAGGGGGAGGGCUAAUCAGAGCGAGCGAGGCCAGGAUCGGACCUGAUACGAGCCAACACGGGGCGGCCCGGAGAGUACGUUAGAUAGUAGGUAAGCUGACCCGUCGAUGGGUUGACCACGGCCACCAUCGCACUGACGAGGUCGGAGGGGUGUGUGGUUCUGUUCUGCGCAGCUCGCAUGUGUGUGUAUG